CCUUCUGAAAAGCGGAGGCUUCUGGGAAGGGCUUACGUGCCUGAAGCCGGGUCUCCAGCCCUAGAAUGGCGAGUCAACGAGUGUUCCCACUUUCCUGUGUGGUGCAGCAGUAUGCCUGGGGGAAGUUGGGCUCCAACAGCGAAGUGGCACGCCUGCUGGCUAGCAAUGACCCAGUGGCCCAGAUCUCAGAAGACAAGCCAUAUGCAGAGCUAUGGAUGGGGACACACCCCCGGGGGGAUGCCAGGAUCCUUGACAACCGUAUUUCCCAGAAGACCUUAGGCCAGUGGAUUGCUGAAAACCAGGACUGCUUAGGCCCAAAGGUCAAAGACACCUUUAAUGGCAAGCUCCCCUUCCUCUUCAAAGUGCUCUCAGUGGAAACAGCUCUGUCUAUCCAGGCGCACCCUAACAAGGAGCUGGCAGAGAAGCUGCACCUCCAGGCUCCACAACACUACCCUGAUGCCAACCACAAGCCAGAAAUGGCCAUUGCCCUCACUUCCUUCCAGGGCCUGUGUGGUUUCCGGCCAGUGGAGGAGAUUGUGACCUUUCUGAAGAAGGUGCCUGAGUUCCAGUCCCUGAUUGGAGAUGAUGCCACAGCACAGCUGAAGCAGAGCGUGAGCGGAAAUCCUGGGGCCAUGGCUUCUGCUCUAAGGAACUGCUUUUCCCACCUGAUGAAGAGUGAGAAGAAGGUGGUGGUAGAACAGCUUAACCUGUUGGUGAAACGGAUCUCCCAGGAAGUAUCUGCCGGAAACAGCAUGGAGGAUAUCUGUGGGACACUCUUGCUACAGCUCCACCAGCAGUAUCCGGGUGAUAUCGGAUGUUUCGCCAUCUACUUCCUGAACCUGAUCACCUUGAAGCCUGGGGAAGCCAUGUUUCUGGAGGCCAACGUGCCCCAUGCCUACCUGAAGGGAGACUGCGUGGAAUGCAUGGCAUGUUCAGACAACACUGUGCGUGCUGGCCUGACACCCAAAUUCAUUGAUGUGCCAACCCUGUGUGAAAUGCUCAACUACACACCUAGCCCCAGCAAGGACAGGCUGUUUAUUCCAAAACGAAGUCCAGAUGACCCCUAUCUCUCUCUCUAUGACCCCCCUGUGCCAGACUUCACUGUUAUGAAGAUGGAGGUCCCUGGCUCUGUCACUGAAUACAAGGUCUCAGCACUUGACUCUGCCAGCAUUCUUUUGAUGGUCCAGGGGACAGUGACAGCUACCACACGCACAGUCCAAACAGAAAUCCCUUUGCAGCGUGGUGGAGUGCUCUUCAUUGGGGCCAAUGAGAGUGUCUCACUGAAACUCACCGUACCCAAGGAUUUGCUGCUCUUCCGGGCCUGCUGCCUGCUGUAGAGGCCAGUGCCUGGUCCUCCUGCCUGUCAGCUGUGUCCUGGCCGGCUCCACUUCUCAGGUCCAGCGCGAUCCCUGUUCCAACUUUGCACUCUUUGGGUGUGUGCUGGAAUACAAGUAGUGUGACUCCAGAGCAUGCUCAGGAUGAGGGAUCUGUGUGAAGCCCGAGGCCUGUCACUCCACUGGACUCAACACUCCUUGCCCCGCUACCUCUGAGCCAGGUGUGCCCACUCAGAAGGUAGCCACUCUGCCCCUUUUAAUGAGUCAGGCUAACAAAACGUGCACCAUCCAGCAUUAGCUCAGCAUCCACCCGGAGGGACAGCCAAGGCACUGUCCAAGAACAGAGCUCUUGCCCUGGGACUGCCUGCCCUCUCAGGUGCAGAGAAGGAAAGGGAAGGGGUAGGCCAGUGGAAUACUGAAGCUUAUUCCUUCUCGCCCUGUCAGUCAUUAAAGAUCACUUGUGUUGAGGAUACAGACUAAA